ACAGAAACCGAGACGCAACUUGACAAAACAGAAGAUGUUUCCCUCGGUCCUGCUGCCACAAAAGCUCCUGUGGAAGACAUACCUGUUAAGGGUUAGAGGUUCUAGAUUCUCUUCACGCAUAGCAAGUAAAAGCUUUAGAACAGUUAGACCGAAUGAACUCAUCGAUCUAAGCCCAGACAAAGAGAAUACUCCUACACCCGUAGCCUCUCCUGCUAGGCAUGUUCAUGUUGAUGACAUUGAGAGUGUUGCUGCUGAUGUGCCCAUGAUUGAUGAUGAUUUGGAGAAUGAACUCCUUGCUCAGCUGGACAUGUUGAUGGAUACUCCGGCUAAAUCUGGAUCUGCCACAGAUAAUAAAGGGAAGGCAAUUGCUGAAGAAGUGGAUUUUGAUAUCAACCUUCCUACUCAGGAGCAGAUUAGUUUUGUGAUUAUGACCAUGCAAGAGCUCCUUGGUGGUGAUCCUUCCCAUUUCUGCAAAGUGCCGGACCAGCAAGCCGCCUUUGAAGCGGCUCAAAUCCUUAGCCGAGCCCCACAAUUAUCAUCAACUCAACAAAAAUUCUGGGCAGACUUCACCUCCAUUUAUACGCAUUUCAGCAAGAAAUUUCGGGUGCUUGAAAGCAAAGUAGCGGCUGCAGAUUCUGUUAGGAAGUCUGUAAUAGAUAGCACUGCCGCUGUCUUGAAGAAGAAAGAAGAAUUCUUGGCAGCAAAGGAGGCUCAUGUCAUGCAAAUUACACAUGUCCAAGGGCUCAAAGAAAAAAUCUCUAACCUUGAAGCCGAGCUUUCAGAGUUGAGAAACCAAGUUCCUCUUGCGGAGCAAUCUGAAAAGAGUUUGGCAGAACAGAGAAACAAGCUUCGUGUAGACAUGGAAGUUGGUUUGAAAUCUGCUGCCAAGAUCAAGGAUCAGCUACCUUCCUUCACAGCCUCUGCAGAUGAAGCCGCCGAAGAAAUAAAGAACAUGAGAGAAGAAUGGAGUUCAUGGCAAAACAACCUUAGUUGAUUUUUCUCUUAUGUAUCUCUUUGUCUCUUUGUUGGUUGAGAUUGCACAAUGUCAUGUUUGAACAUAUUGUUUGCGGCCUAUUGGCCAUCCAAACUUCUUUUCAAUGUUGAUCUCUUUCUUGGCUCAUAUUCUGGAAAUCUGCUUGUUGUACUUUUUGUUCAUACUUUGGUACAGGUUGAAAUCUGUCAUGGCCGAAAUCUGGCCGCUUUGGUUGUUCACAG